UUCAAAUCGGGCUCUCACUCACUCUGUGUGGCUGCCAUGUUGUUUUUUUUGUUGUGAAUAAAGUGAAUCGCGAGGGAAAAACAGGUCCCUUUCGAAUAAGCCAACUUUUUUAUUAUUAUUAAUUCAUUUUCGUUCUCUCAUUCAUAACAAGAAAAAAACACGCAUUCGAUUGACACUAAUUGCUCGUUUUUUGGCAAAAUAGCAAUCGUUUUCAGUUCCAGUACAUUUCAGUGAGUCACACACACGAAACUGUGUAGCUUUGAAUUACGUCAGUAAUUUCAAAGUAUAAAGAAGAAGUGAAAAAAAAAAAUUGUUCGGUUCGAAGGGAGGAAAAAGUUUUAAAGAAGAAAAAAAUCAAAAUCGCGUAACAAAAUACAACAACACACACACAAAAAAAACCACACCGUCACGUCAAAAUGAUUUAAAAUUAAAGACAUUCGAUGGGAAAUCCAUUUUUGUUUUCUGUUAAUUUCAUUUUUUCAUAAAUAGCAAAUCAUAUUUAUUUGUUGUAUUCAGUCUUGUGAGUGUCAAUAUAGUUUAUGACUUUUCCGUUCCAAUUUUGCGCUAAAUCGUUCAUCAAUCGGAAAUCUCUCCCCACUCGCGAUUUCUUUUCCCUCAGUAAAACCAAAUAACAACAACAAAAAAAGAAAUGGAAAAUUUUUACUUUAUUUUACCCAUUAAAUUAUGUGAAUAAAAAAAAGCAUCCGCCGUUCGGAUAUAAAAAAAAAGUUUCGAUAACAACAACAACAACUGCAACAAAAAAGUCAUCAUCCAUCGAUAGAAGAGAAUUUUCAUAAAAUGUUUUUAUGAAAUAUCUGACACAAGGCCCACAUAUUAGGUAAGUUAACCAAGUGUGUGUGUUUUUUUCGCCUCAUCAAAAAUAGUAAAUCAAAUGUACAGAGUUGUAAUUACGAAGAAUUCCGUAUGUGCAUGUAGGGAAAAAAAAUAGUUUUGGAGCGCGUAUAUAUCGUCAUUUCAUCAUUGCAAUGUGUAUAACACCAACAAUAAGUGUAUAAAUAACACACAUCGGAUGAUACAGCCUGCUGCUACAUAUGUGCCUCAAUGCGACAAUGUAAUCAUGUCUCUUCCAUAUUUUUACGCGCCCAAUCAGUGAUUUCGCAAUCGUAAAUUGUUCAGUCUCUGUGCAAUAGUUUUAUCAUUUCCGAUAAAUCAAUCAGCAGUUGCAUUUAGAUUUGAGGGUUUCUGUAACAACAACAACAGCACAGCGACGAAAAAAAAAUUGUUUCAGUAAUUUGAUUUUGUCUAUUCGUGUCAUGAUGAAGGUCUACAUUUUUUGCUCAGUCACUCAUAGUUUUCACUCAUUUUUACUUUUUACCACCACAAUCAUACGGUCUCGGUAAGUGCCUGCACCACACAGCAAUUGAGCAAAACUUCGGAAUAUCGCUCAACGGCGUAUGAUUGAAUGUGUACCUCUGUGUUGUCCGAGCGAUACAACAGAAUCUACUCAAUUGUGAACAAUACUAUGUUACUAUAUAUUCGUUUUCAACUGCUGUUAGGUUCAUCACAUGGAUAUAUACAUGUACAUUUUGUUUGGCCGCGACACCAAAACACUCACAUUCUUCUGCCAUACAGCGGGAAAAAUGGAAAUUAGGUGUUGGUUUGCGUGUGUGUGUAUUAUACACAGCAUAGAUUUUAUAGCAUAGUAUUUCAUAGCAAAAUGAGUUUUUUUUCUUCUUCUUCUUUUCAGUUUUUCGCGUUCUCUUUGCCUUUCUUCAAAUAAUUUCACUACCAUUCACUUACGAUUGAUGCGCGUUUCUCGCAUACUGUACACAUCUAUUUUUCAAGCAACCGAUUCUCACAAGGUUAUUGUACGAUUAUGUUGUAUGCAUUUAAAUAUGUAUACAUAUUCGUUUUUUUCUCUCUCGAAAUUAUUCAAUCGACUUGCACAGUUCUAUUUGAUGUAUCCCUUUUUGUUAAUGAAAAACGUUUACAGCCAUGAAAUUAGAGUUUUUGGCAUUUUGACAAUGCGCUCGGUUCACCAGCCAAAAAAUAAAAUUUACAGUUAAAUUUAGAAGUUGAAUAUGUGAAUACAAUGACAAUAAUUGACUUUCGAUUGCAUCUCUAUAAACACUUUUUGAUGAUGCUUCGUUAAUUUGGUUUAGUUUCAAUUGACAUUUAUUAGAUUCGAUUAACAAUUCUAUAAAUAUUUAUUUUGAAUCAUCGUUGAAUUUCAACCGUUGAAAUGAUGUUCUUCUAGAAAAAUGUGAUACAAUAGUAGAAAAAUAGGCAAAUGGAAAAGAAUUCGAUUUAUUUUCCCUUUAGUUUUAAAUCGAUUUGUUCAAAAUAUAAAAAUUCCCAUAUUCAAUUAAAUUGGCCAGAAAACCUCGAAAAAUUUCCGUAACAGAUACCAUUUUUGCUAUCGAAACAAAAAGAGAUAGCUAAAUUUAGACUAGAAAAAUAGCUGUAUGAUUUGCAAUACGCUUGGAAUUUUAAUUACUUCCACGGGCAGGUGCAUGUGAACAGUGCAUGAAAACCAGUAUUAUUAUUAUUUGAAAUUCUGAUUAGUGAACGGUACUUUAUCGUGUGUUGAUUGCUUUGUUGCGUCGUUGUAUGGAAGCGCAUUACUUAAUCGGUAACAAAAGUAAACCAAGAAUAGAUGAACACAACGCUCGAUUGUUGUUUCUAUUUCUUUUUAUUUCAAAGUCAAAGUCAGAAAAUGUCGUUAUCCGUCGAGGGAGAGAGAGAGAGAGAAAAUGCAAUGGAGAGUGUGAAAUGCAUAUAUGCAUAUCGUAAUAUAGGUGCUUUGCAGCACGAGUGAAACGUUUCCAAGUACGAUGAUUUAUCAAUCAAAGUGGAAAAUUUGCACGGAUACAUGAACAAGAAGAAAAAAAAAUCCGAGUAUGCAUACUGCUCAUGUGCAAAAAAAUAUAUGCCUGAACACACCAUACAGUCACAUGCACACAUGAACAUACGCUUUAGUAAAGGUGUGAAACGAUUUGUAUUCAACAGUUUAAAUAUAAAAUCGAGUUGACAAUUCCACUGAAGAAUGUGAUUUUCCGAAUCGAGCAAACAAAGUUUCAUCGAAAAAACAAAGUAUCGAUUUUCUCUCUUUGUUCGUGAUAACUGUUCUUUAAACAUGUUCAAUAUACCAAACUAUCCACCGAUUGCAUGCUCAUAUUGCCUUUUGAUUCAUGUAAGCGCGCACACACAUACAUACACACACACACACACACACAAUCAACUUACACAUUUACACAUCGACGUAUAACUUCUCAAUGGAACAAAAUUACGUAUUUUAGCGGUCGACCAUAACACACAAGCAAAGCAACGUACGUGCGACUCUGUCUAGCGGUGUUAUUUUCAUUUCAUUUACUAAUAGAUUACAGCGCGUAGAGCAAAUUUAGUUUUUGGUGCAGCAUCAUUGCUGAUGCACUUACUUUACACUUGUUCCACUUUGAUUCCGUGUGUUGCAACACAAAACAAACCAAUUUUGUAACGACCGAAUAAUCGGUGUGAUUCGAAGUGUUGUGUAUGUGCAACGAAAAGUCUUACCUGAAGCAAAAACAAAAUCCAACAGACAUGUUGAAUUUAUAGAAAAAAGUGAAACAAUUUAAAUAAAACCACCCAAAAAAAACGUGUUCGUCAUAGUUUUUUUUUCGAUUAUCGUCACAAAAUUGUGUAUGUCGCAGUUAAUAAACAUUUUGGCUGGCAAGCUCCGGCACAAAAUGUCACGCGCAUCUAAAAUUGGGUUACGAAAAUAGAAUUGGGUCAAAUCAAACUACACUUGCACACACAGCACAUUUUCGAUACGAGCGAAAAAUCGGCGCAUUAUGUAUGGUGUCAUCUUAUAUUCGACGCAUUCGGCAUUGUAUGUGUGGAUGAUGGUGUGCAUUGGUGUGUGUGUCUGUUCGAAAAAAGGGUACGUGUGACCUAAGUGCAUUUAUAAAAUGUAGAUCGAUCGAUAUACGAAGUCUGAUGCGCUUUUUCUUCGUGUUUUUUGAUUUUCGUUGCAUUUCAGCCACAUUGAGAGCUUUUUUCCGACACCGAGAAAUAAGGUCAAUAAUAAACUUUCAUUCGCAAAACUCAGUGGUUGUAAUAAAUAUAUAAUACAUAUACAACAGUCGCAACGCCAUUCAUAUAACAAAAGCUCAAUCAAAUGCAAUAUGUUAUUAGAACGGACAGCAAUUUAAUUGACACUCAAUUCAUGAAUAAAAAAUGAACGCUAAUUACAUUACGUGAUACGGCCAUUGGAUGAAUAAAAAUAGAAUUAGAUGCAUUAUUUAGAAGCUAAUAUUGGUUAAGGUUUCGAAUGUAAGCGACCAGUUCUAUAAAAGCUAAAAUAUUAUAGUGAUAAAUCAUUCGUUUAAUAGAUUUUGAAAAAAAGAGAAAAAUUACGACAUAAAUAAUAAUGUGUGCAACAAAUUAUGGAAAUAUUUUUAUUCAUCCAUCGAAAAAUAUAAGGUCAUUAUUUAAUUCCUGUUUGUUUUUCAUUUGUAAAUUUUCAUUUACCAAACAAUGAGGUGUAAAUUACAUAUGCCAUAAAAUGGGCACCAAGUGUAAUUUGAACCGAAAAUAGAAUAAAGUUUCCUUUGUCUUUGUUGAUCUUCCGUGAAAUGGGAAUAUGUAGUUAAAUAUAGGCCAAAUAAGUGAGUCUAUUCAAAACAAAAGAAAGUAAAAUCUGAACUUAUAAGUUCGUCUAUAGAUGCGAAACGAUGCAUCAAUACCCGCAUUGGCGUAUUACCUCAAAAUACCAAUUAAACCUUGUUGAAUUAAAUUAAUUAUUUCAAAGAAAAAUAUUCCACAAAGUGUUAACUUUCCUUUUAAAAAUCAACGUAAUUUUGUUCCACUCUCUUCCACUCUCUGUACGCCGACACAAUAUGUAAAAAAAAGCUAUUUUGCGCACUAUUUUAGCAGCUUAAAAAUAGACUGUAAUUUUAAUGUGUAAUUUACAUAGUUGACAUUCCACCAUGUCCAUAUCGGCACACCACGCAGAGACCCAAUGGAGAAGAAGCGCACCAUUCAAUGAAGCAAUAAAAAAAAACACGAACAACCAAAUCGAUGACAUUAGUCAAUAGGCAGAAGACAUAAAGCAUUGACAAGGUUCAAAAUAGAAAUCAACUUUUCAACAAGCAUACAACUUGCACUGCCAUUCUCAAUAUGAUACAACAUGUGUUAGUGUUGCGUAUUAAAGUCCAAAUCAGACACAUGUGCAAAAUGACUCGCACACAAACAAUCAACCAAAUACGUUAACAAAUACACACAUUUUCCUCAAGCUCAAGCGAGCAAGCGAGCCGAGCAUUAUGCGAACCAUCAUGUUAUUUAGUUAGCUAUACUGUUAUUUAUAGCACCACACAUAUUUACCCUACUUUCACCGAACAUUUUUUUCCGUCUCUCUCUCCAUUUUUCUUCGCUACUAGAUUGUUGUUUUUCUUCCUCUCUUCGGUUAUACGCCUCAUGGUUUGCGUUUUUUUUUCUUCUUUCUGUUGUUUUGUUGAAUAUGCAAUGAAGCACACUCCACACACACAAACACUUACCGAUAGAGAAUAACAAAUAAACAAAUUCGAAUGCUUAUAUGCACUUGUUCAUGUUGUGUCGAUUGCUGAAAAUGUAGAUGCGAAGCAAAAAUCACACGAUCACAUCAUUGACCGUCCGAGAAAAUACCGUUAUUAAGAGGUUUUUUCCUUCUUCUUCUUCGUUUCUUCCUCUUCUUUUUCGGUUUCUUCUUCGUCAUCGUCGUCGUCGUCGUCGUUGAAUACAUACCAAAAAUUAUUAACUCCCGUAUUAUCAAACUUAGAUCAUUCGAAUAUACAAACAUACAAACAAAUCAACAGUGUGUAUAGAGAGAGAGAGAGCUCUGUGUAUUGAAUGAGUCAAUGUUGAAUUUGUAUGGCGACGAAUUGAACAAUUUAGUCAGUUCAGCUUCGAAUGAUAAACGAAUCAAUUCGAAUAUACAUGUAAAUAUUUUAUUUUUUUAUUUGUUUGAAAGAGAGAGAGAGAAAAAAAGGCGAAAAACAUAUUUUUAGGGCGAAUUAUAUUUGAGUGAACCUAAUUUCGAUGGAAAAUAAUAAAAAAAAAUCAACAUUUUUGUUUGACAUUUGCGUAGUACCAGCGACCGAGUGUUAAGUGAUAAUUUCUCUAUUCAAUUGAAUCCACUGUUUUCGAAUGUUCAAUUUCUUGGAAUUGAGUUUGCUGAGUAUUGCGUUGUUAUCAACAAACGGAAUAUAUCAAAACAACAUUUUGAGAUGUGACAUUCCGAUGGUUUUCAGUUUCAUUUAUUUUCUUUUUCUGUGAGAUUUUUUUUAACAGAAAAAUCAUGAAAAUUGUAUGAUGUUUUCAACUACGUCUCAUAUUUAGCCAAACCAUACCUUACCUUUCAAUUGUGUACACCGAAUAGAAAGUGUUUUAAAGCAAUAGCUCGGAGCUAUUCUGUGAGGUGAAUUAAGUGUUUUUUGUUCGGAUGUGAACACGAAGAGUUGUGGGCCAUUCUUAUGGCUUAUUCUAAGCAGAUACAAUAACUUAUACCAGAUUUAAUCACACUCUUACGAAAUGCCAUACCAUUUAAGUGCAGAGCAUUGUAAAUAUGUUCGUCCGAUGCAAUUAAAAAGUAAUUUUGCAUACAGAUAUUGCUUAACAGAGACCGUAUAACUCAUUUACAACGUAUAGACAGAUAGUAUGAACUUAUUUACAGAAAUUCGACUAAUGAUUUAACGACACAAUUGUUGUUAAUGUGCAUUUCUUUUUAUUCUGAUGUUUCGAAUAAAUAUUUUUGUUUUUAAAUAUCCACCAUACACACACACACACAGAGAGAGAGAGAGAGAGAGAGAGAGAGAGAAAUAUAUACGAUGGUCUCAUUUUCGUUACUUUGUUUGCAUUUUUCGGUUGUGCUCUAUUUAACUCAUGCAAUUAUAUGCGUUCAAAUGAAAAAAUAUUCGAUUGAAACUAAAUCGAAAGUCGCAAAUUGAAACAUUUAAUCGUUUUAUUUUUCAUAUAUGAAAUUUUCUUUAUGAUCGCACUUCAUUAAGAACAAUCAAAAGCGCAUCGUAUGACAUGGCACAAAGUACACAGUAACUCUUGCUAUAUACAUUGUGUAUAUAAAUGUGUCAUUUUUUUUAUUUCAUUUACGUAUAUAUUUGAUGCUAUUUAACAAAAAUCAUCUGUAUUGUUGCCAAAGUUCAUGAAUAUCCUGAGGCAUUUUCUUCGCAACGAAAAAGAUGGUUUGAAUCUACGUCUGAUUUGAAUUCCGUGUCGCAUUUAGCAAACACACGUCUAUGUGAAGUGAUUCAGUAUCCGUACGUGUAAACUGACCUUGAGAAUAAUGCCAGUCUGUCGACGACCUUUGCUCAUGUAAAAAGGGUGGCAGUGAAUACACUCUAACGAUGUUGAUUCAUUCUUUUUAUUCUGUGGUCGUUGCUGCUGUUGUUGCUGUUGUUGUUAUUUUUGUUGCUCUUCUGUCAGCAAAUUCAUAUAUAGGCGGCUAGCCUAUACAGUUGCAAUUGAAAAAAAAUGGAAUUUGGUAAAGCGUCAAAGGCUACAUGGCAUUCGACGAAAUUUCAGUCUAUAUACGCAGAGACAUAGAUAUAAAUGUAUUCAUAUAGAUUCGGGGCAAUGGCACUGACCAUGUUUGUGUUGCGUGUCUCGACAAACAAAUCCUAUAUGCGCAAAAAAAAACCUCUUGAUUACAUCUCUCCCAACUGAUGACACAGACACAGAGAUAGACACAGACAUAAAGAACUGAGAAUGAAUUCGCGCGAAAUUCGGUUCGUUGCAGAACAUUUUUGACGUGUCAGUGAACGAAUCGGUUUGGGUCACAGUGAAUAGGUGCGCUUGUGAACAUCUUCAAUCAUAUAAAUAUUUUCACUCAAUUUUUCGAACAAUUGUGAAAUUCUUCAAGUUGUACAGUGAUCACAUUCUCGGCAAAUUUGGAACAAUUUUUUUAUUUUUGUGCUUUAUUCUGUAGAAUAAGAGAAUAAGAUAAUGGUUUCAACAGUGUCUCUGAUAAUAAUAAUAGUAAAAAUAAUAAUAAACGAAAAAGUUGGUAGAUAAAAAUAAACUAGCUGAACAAAAACUAUCCUAGGAAAAACUUUUAUCUUAACCAGAUAAAACGACAAAAACUGAUAAACAUUUUGCCAUACACAGCAAUGAGAUUUUUGAGCGUUUAGAUUAGAAUAAAUGCUGUUGAUGAAAAUCGUUCAGAGAAACUGGCGUAUGGAGAAGAUAAUGAUGGAUUUCCAACAAUACAUAAUCGAAUCUACGUGAAUUAAAUAUUUUAGAACACAAAAUCAGCAUCUAGAACAUCUGAACUGGAAUUUCAUCAAUUCCGCCAUUAAACAUUUCUAGAUCAUCGUUUUUCUCUUCGUUCUUCGUUCAUUCGUGUCGGGAUAUAUAAUUCAGAGCAACACACACACACACACACACACACACACACUCAUUCAACCGCAAAAUCUCCUGAUGUAUUACCACUGAUCAAUUGGAACUUGGAUUGAACCAAAAAGCAAUACCAAAACAAUAGCUCAAUUCCCGGUACGGACAGAUUUCGUUUCAACCCCUUUGUCAAAAGUUCAUCAUUGAUAGGAUAAACAACAACAAUAACACGAACAUCGCUCGCCAAUUCCUCAACUCAAAUGAAAAUACCAAUUCUUCAGCAUUGAAUGAAACAAAAAAAUAAUCUGAAUUUGUACCCAAAAUCAGACAGACACGCAUACAUACAAAAUGGAUAGACAGAAUACUAUUGUAUUAAUGUCAAUUACUGCAAUCAUGCUCGCUAAAUGGCCACAUCAAAAUGCAUAGACGCAAACAAAUCUAGAAACAAACAAAAGAAAACAAAAACAAAAAUUAACAAUUCUUUGGGGCUGCUGUUGCUAUUUGUGCAUAGCAUCCAUCAUUUUCAUCGUUUGUUAAUUGCUCUUUCGCUCGGAAAACCCCUUAAUAUCCCCGCCUACAUUAAGUGACCGUUACCCGACGACAGACAGACCGGAUAAACCAAAAACAAAACAAACAGUUCAAUCUUCAAUAAAGCAGACAUCAAUAAAACUGUUUGUUCUUUCAUCGCUGCUAGCAAAUUGCUUCAGAACUAUUACGAAUCUAGACAGAGCCAUGAAGUACCCACAACUUGUGUCCACACGCGCUGUUAGCGCCAUAUCUGAUUGGUUAGUAACACAGUUGGAACAACUGGGAGUCGAUGCAUCAUCUGUUUACUCAAGGCUGCUACUCUCACUAUUGCAUACACCAUUGCAAAUUAAUGCAUUAGAUCUUGCCGAAAUAUCGGAUAACAAGGUUGGAACAUUUGCGCGAAAUAAAUCGUACAUUUCGAAAAGUGGCAACGGUACCAAUUAUCGGCGAUUCUCAGCUGCAGAUACCGAAGCAUUGAAGCGUUUAGCUGCCAUUGACAGUUUACUCGAAGCCGUUCCAUCCGAUCAACAACUUUCAAAAAUCGAAACACUUGUGGAUGAGCUAUCAUUGAAAUUGCGCGAAAUUGAGGAACAACAAAAUGGUUUAGAUGAUUCUGUCUUCGAAAUUGGCCAAAGUAACGAUAAAGCAUUAUGUAAUUCGGAUGUAGUUACGAUUGAAAAGAAGGCAGAAACCAACGAAGAUCCAGCUAAUCGAUAUUUUAGUGCAUUUCCGGCAUUGUCAGAUCAAACGAAAAAUACCUAUUGCCAUAAGACGACAUCGUGGCCACAGGUCGAUAGCAAUAAAUAUUCACAGAUUGAUCAGCCGAAAGAUUCGAGCAACAACACAACGGCGGAGGGUGGUGCAAUUGCAAUAAUCAAGAAAAAAUCCAAACGAAGACGUGUUACCACCAAUUCCAUGAUGAUGUCAUCCACAUUGCCAAAUCAAUCGGAUGUUCGGCCAUCGAAUCCGCCGAUCAAUCAGCCAAAGAACAGCAGCAGCAUUACAUCGGUGGCUCGGCCUGGCCGUAACAACGCCAAUUGUAAAUCCAAUCAAAAGAAAAAAUCGUUGGAAAUUUGGGAUACCGAUUUUGAUGGUGCUUGGGAGAUGGGACGUGACCUAAUUCGUGAGUUUGUCUUGAAGCAAAAUAAUCGUAAUCGCAGCAUAUCCGAAAGUGAUGCUGCCCGAUUUACCGCAAUUGAAAAUGAUGCAGUCAUUGAAAAUGCAAUGGGCACGGAAAACGAGACGAUCGUUUUAUCGGAUCAAAUGAAGAGUGCAGCCGCCAAGGGAUACGACCAACUCGAUGAUGAUGAAGAGAAUUUGAUGAGAGUCGCAGCCGCAGCUACGUCUGCAUUGUUCGGUAAACCGUUCGAUAUGAACAUGUACCCGUUGGGUGUUCCCGAUACGGAAACCGUUUCGUGUAGCUCCCAAUUUACGGACUCCAGUUUGUUCAUGCAGAACAACAACGAUAAAAUGUUGGUGCGCAGCGAAGGUUAUGCAACGCCCGAUACGUUGGGAUCAUGGAGUGAGACGGACACAGCGGCUUUGCGUCGUGAACGCGAUCAUGAACCAAUGAAUUGUACGGAAAUUGCAAAGGGCUACGGCACCGAGAUUGGAAGUGACUGCGUCGAUUCGGGUUGUGAUGAAAACAAUUAUUUAGCCGCAUUCGAGGCAAAGUUUAAUCAUAACGUUGAAGCAUUGUGGAAUGAUUGCAAGCCAAGUGAAUCACAAGGCUUUGGAACGAUGAAAAAUGAUGCGCAAUUGAAUCAUUCGUUUUGGCCAAAUUACCAGAACAACAAUGUUAUCGGCCAAAGCGUUGCUCGACCGCCAAAAAUGACAACCGAACAAUUCAGACAGUUUUUCCAAGAAAACAAUCAACUGCAACCAUGCUCAACAAGUAAUAAUGUAGGUGGUAUAGAUAGAAGCCUGUUCACGGCAACACAGCCAAAUAGCUUAAACUCGAAUUCAUCGUCAACCGGUGGAAUGAAUUUGACCACAUCCAUUUGGACUGAUAAUCCAAAUAACAAUGAAGAUGACAUCAGCUUUUAUGCGAAUGCUCGUCUCUGGGAAAUGAACCAGUCCAAGGCAUUGGGUCAAAAAUUAAAUUUUUACGCAAACGAGCAGGCAAACAAUAAUAAUAAUUUAUUAGCACAUAAUAAGGUGAAUACAGUAACUUCUGGUGCAGCUGCUUCAAACUUUGACACUAGAAACUAUGAAAAUUCAAGCUUCUCCAAGUGGUCUGACACUGAAAUCCCUUUUUUACCAAAUCAACAAGAUAUUUGCAUGAGUCCACCGAAGACAAAUGAAGAAAAAAUAAGAAGCAAUUUGUUCGGAAAUUCUUAUUUUUAUAAUUAUCAAUCAUCAUCAUCAGCGCAGUUGAUGAACAACAACGCGACAAAUGGACAAAUCGUGGCUCAUGCAGAAACUAAUAACAUUGCGGAACAAUCAGUUAGUCAAAUGCCAAAAGUUGAAACACGUAAAGUGACACUUUUGAACCACUCAUCAGGUAGCUGUUUCAAGGAAGUUGAACCGUUGUCAUCCGAAGCCAAAGAAGAGUUAUAUUGUAAGAUAAAUUCGCGAAAAUUGCAAGCCACUUCGGUUGAGGUGCUCGAUAACGAGGAUCUAUUGACGUCGGAACGUUCACGUUUUCGGCCCAUCAAACAAACGUAUGCAGAUGGUUAUACAUUUGACAUAUCAAAUAAAUUGGAUCAAAUCAGUUAUGAGCGAUCGCGUAGCGGAAUGCUGUACCAUGAUUCGGAAGUGUAUCGAGAAUAUUAUGUGUACGAUGAAGAGGGAAAUGGAGGCAGUCGCUGUGAUACGGAAACAAAUGCUCCAGCGGAAUUUACGCUAAAGUAUUGCGUUCGACAGAACGAUAAAAGUUGUCAAACCGAUGAUUUGCCAUCAAUGCAAUCAGAGCCGCAAUUUGUGUUUUCACCGAAAAUUUUGCUGUCAUUAAAAGCCACCGACUCGAAUCGUAUGCAAUCCGCCGCCAACGCCGCCACCGCCAAUAACAACAAUAAUUCGCUGAGCAGUGCCAAUAUUUCGUCAUUGCAAAAUCAUCGUAUGUAUUUCCAAUGCAAUGAUUCGAACGAUGUGCAAUAUGACGAUAUCAAUAGUGAUACGUAUGAUAAGUUGGCUGAAAUGUCGCAGGAGAGUUGGUGUUUGGCCGAGAACCGUCAAUGCUGUAACAAUAAUAACAAUGCGCAUGCAUUGUGGGAACACUGUGCCACAUGCUCGAACGAUGUGAUUUCGAUGCCAGCAAACAGCCGAUUAAAAGAUGAAUUGAGUGCGGACGGUGAUGAGAUCAUGUCGGACUUGAAGUAUUUGAUUGAAAGCAUUUCAUUUCACAGCGAUUGGGAGGAUCCAGAAGCGGAUUCACCAACGGACUGCGCCCAUGAAAAUGAUGUAUUGAUGCAAACACUCAACGCAAAAAUAACAGAUGCUAGUCGGAAUUUGUUGACAGACGCAACCAAACCGAACGGUGAUGGCUUCGGUGAUGUUGAUGAUGAUGAAUUUGCCAGCAAUCAUAUUUAUUCAAAUGUUAGUAAAUUGAUAUCGGAUUUAUUGCAACCGGAGAAGGCGCAAACGUUGGUACAGGCGAUCAGUGAGAAAUGUCAGGGUCGUCUGCUCACAACAACGGAUGAAAAAUGUGCCGGCAGCACACAAUCGGAAUCGAUGCUGAAAAAGCGAAUCACACACAAAACCAAAGAUGUACAAACUACCAAAAAUGAUAAAUCGUGCAAUAGCUCACCGGAGAUGGUAAGCGGAAAUGCCAAUAGUGGCAGCUAUUUCGGUAGUUUAUGGGCCUACAAUGAUAAUAGCAUAUGGCGCAAGGAACUUCCGGCUGAAAUCAAUGGGAAGCACAUCGAAGAUGAAGCGAAAUCAGCGAAUCGAUUUAGUGAACAAUGGGAACAUGCAAAUUUGGAAAAAAUCUGGAAAUGCCUACCAACAACAACAACAACAACAACAACAACAACAACAGCAACAACAACAGCAACAAUAAGAGCGACCGCAUCAUCAUCCGAAACACCAACCGAAAACACUGGCGAUAAUAAACAACAGCAUCUCGAAAUGGAUCAAAUGAAUUACCCAACUUCUUUACAAAAUGACAGCAAAUCUACGAAUCAACCAUCCGCUUUGGAUCUCAACGAACACACGAAACUCAGUUGUAACACAUUGGAAAAGUUUAUGAAUCUACUCCGGCAACAAUCGAAUGCGAAGGGACAAUGCCCAGCGUCCGCACAUCAUUCAAAAAAUCAUCAGCAGCAAACACACAAGAAUCCAACGCGUUCGGAUCGAAAGCGUCGUCAUUCGGCCACAUCUCAAAAUUAUUUUGAUCAACUCAAUUAUCCGCUUAAUAAUUGCGAUGCUAUCGAAAGUAUAAAAAAAUUGGCAACGAAAACUCUCGGCGAUUACAACGGUUGCAAUAUUUUCAAUUGCGCAGCAAACGACAAAUCGACAACCACCACAAUAAUAACGUGCAAAUAUUGGACGGCAUGCGAUUCAUUCUGUUUAACCUCAACUCUGGCAUUCAAUAAUAACAAUAACAACUUUGUCGACGAUACGGAAAAUAUCUUCAAUUGCUAUCACAAGCAAAAGCAGCAACAACAACAGCAUUCAAAAUAUCAGCCCGAACCAACGAUUAUGGACACACUCAACGCAACCGAACCGCUUACAAUUAACUCAACCACAUUUUUGGCCAAACAGAUGGCAGCCAUGGCAUCGCGUCCCUUAACUCGUUGAACACAUUCAAAUGCAGCAACACUUAUAAUGAUUCAAACAGCUACACCGAUUAAUUCGCUCUUCAGCAUUGUUCUUUGAACAUAAAAUUUCGAAAUAAUUGUAGUCAGACAUAAGGAAAGAAAAAAAAAGAAAGAAAAAACACCCACAAAGGUCUUAUUAGUUAUAUUGGACUUUAAUUCAUUCGCAACCAUUUAAUUUAUGUUCCAAUCAUUCUUUGCCAACAUUUUUUUUUUCGUUAUAGUUUAUGGCGUCAAUGUGUGUCAAAAAAAAUAAUUUAUGAUUGAUUCUUACAUUUCUUAUGUCGCUUAAGAAUCUUCUCGAUAAUUAUUAUUAAAUUACAAAUGUAUAAACGUGUCACCGAAACAUACGUAAAAACAAUCAAUUCAUUCGUUUCGCUCAUCUUCCAAGCAGAGAAUAUCUAAAGAAUUUAUUUGUCAGUUUUCGUAAAUUUAUAUUUAGAUUCGAUUCGAUUCAGGCGCAUCCACUAUUGACACAUUGACCGAAAUUUAUUUGAAACUCCAUGUUUUGAAAACGAGAAAAGAAAAAUUGAAAAUGAGAUUUAUCAUUGAAUCGCGUGAAAAUGGAAGAUGAGUUUGAAACCUAUACCUAUAUUGCUGGUAUCUAUUACUUUGCACUUUGAAAACCAAAAACAAAAAAACAAUAUCGAUUUCGUUACAAACGUUCACGUUUGAAACGAUCAUGUGAAAAUGUCAUUUUCCAGACUCGGUGGUCUGUCGAGGGAAUUGUUUCAACAGGCAAUACGAACAAGUUGCGAAUGAAAUAUUUGCUCGGUAUUCAAAGUCGAUAGCAACAAUUUGUAAGCAAACAAUACCAAUAUAUUUUAAUUAAUUGGCCACAAUAAUAGAAAAUAAAUCUUUGGUACAAGAAACUGUAAUUUAUUCCGAUCUGAA